CAGGUGUGCUGCCGGACCCGCCGGAAGGCGUCUGCUCCUGCUUCCCCGUUGCACUGACGGAAACCGUAGCACGGGAAGAGAGGUUCCGGGGCUGGCCAGGCCCACCGGCGGCGGCAUGGAGACCCGGACCGAGGGCCGGGAGCCGGCCGGCCGCCCGACGCUCGCCUCGUCCUGGGACGCCGCAGGCGGAGUCCUGACCCAAAGCCUGCUCCUCGUCCGGGCUGGUGUCGGCGCUCGGGACCCGGACUGGGAGGCGCUGCUGGCACCGCCAGCUCCCGGUCUUCCCCUCAGCCAGGAGCUGGUGCGGCUGCAGAGGAGUGCGGGCGGCGGGGAGGACAACCCAUGCCUCCUCUACCUCAUGUGUGACCCUGACGCGGCGGAGGAAGUCGCCGCCGUUGGCAUUUUAAGCUCAGCGAGAAAUAUGGAGGUGUACUCAAGCCAGGAGUACUGUGGGACCAGUCGGGGCCGGAGCGUGGGUGCCGCCCUGAAUAGCAGCGAACAAGAGAUUACUUUCUACAAAAAAUAUUUGAAAUUGGAACCCUCUACUCGUGCUUGUAAAAUAAAGUUGCUGUCCUUCGGUGAAGAGCCGUGUGUGCUUGUUGGUAAGGUUGUGGUUCACCUGAGAUCGGCUUCACCAAGCUCGUCCACAAGCUCUCCUGCGCUGGGAUGCAGGGUGGACCUGGACAAGAUCCAGACCAUGAUGGAGUCCAUGGGGUCCAAGUUGUCACCAGGGGCCCAGCAGCUAAUGAACUUGGUUCGGUUCCAGCAGCAAAACCGGAUUCACGUCGCGGAGCAGCUCGAGUCGGUGUUGAGACACACCGGGUACAAGCAUCUCAUUGCCCUGCAGUCACCAGCCGUGACUGGAGCCGCCGAGAGGGCGUCCUCCACACCUCUGCCCUUCAGGACUGGCCUAACACCUGGAAACACGACGGAAGGCUCGGAGGUCUCCAGUGAGCAAAGUCCCCAGGCACCUGGUGGGGAAGGCGCCAUGCUGCUCGACAAGUGUAGAAUUGGGCCCCAGAACCACUCCCUCCUCGAAGCUGAGCUUAGAGACACAGUCUCUUCUCUCUUACCCAAGAAAACCAGGGACGAUGCCAGCAUGCUGCCCUUUCUGCAGAAUUUGUGCAGUCAAGUCAGCCGCCUGCGUGUGAGCCAUGGCACUGAGCGGCUGGAAAGCAGCCCCAAGCCCCAGGAGGCCGUUGCUGCUGUGGGGGUGGAAACACAGCCUGUUUGCUCCUACUUGGAGAAAAUUCUCUCUAAAAAUUUGGAGUUGAUGGAAAAGAAACUCAUGGACCACAUUGAUGAGCGACUGUUGAGACUGCAGGAGCAGCUGGACCGUAAGCUUGCUGUGGUGAUGGAGCUGCUGCAGGGUCCCCACUCGCCGCCCUCUGAGCUGCCUCUGCAACACUGUGACUCUGCAGAGAGGCUCUCCAACGGAGAGCGAUGAGCACUGCCCGCACGCACCACACCCCGCAGUAUUUAUUACGUAUUUAUUACAAAGCCGAGACCCAC